AUGGGGAGAGGGAAGUCCACGGCGGAAUUUCAUCCGUUGGACAACAAGGAGCCGGACAUGGCAGGCAUUUCUAAGACCAGACGGAACAAGAAGGUCAACAACACCACGUCUGUGAAGGCUACCGAAGUGAAGCUGGCCGCUACUAGCCCAGACCAUCUCUACCUACGCCAGCAGCAGCUGGCUGCUAUCGAAGCCUGGACUCAAGGUAUACCGAAGAGUCUGAAACCAGUUCAGCAUACCGAUGAUGCUAUUGUGCAGGCGUAUCUGGAGGCGAAGUUGGCGCUCUUGCAAAACGGAGCGGCUCAAGACCGCAAAAGUUCAUCUGCCACGGUUUCAUCGACACUGAGCUGA